AUGGCGAGAGUUGAAGCGGUGGUCGUCUGCCUCCUCAUCGUCGCCAUGGAUGUCGUUGCCGGCGUCCUUGGAAUCCACGCGGAGAAAGCUCAGAGCCAGGGGAGGCACCUGAAGAUACUUUUCAUCGAGUGCAGGCAGCCUGUCCCACAGGCUUACAAGCUCGGCAUCGCGGCGGCCGCGGUGCUGGCUGCGUCGCACGCCAUCGCCAACAUCGUCGGCGGCUGCUCCUGCACGUGGCCCUGCUGCUCCGGCGGCCGGCGCUCGUCGCCCAACCGCCAGAUGGCGUCCUUCGCCCUGGUCCUCACAUGGUACGCUCCUGUCCUACGCACGCCGAGCAUGAGCCGCCACAUCACCAUCAAAAUACUAUAUCAACUCCUGCAUGCUUUUCCGGUUCCCGUGGUUCGAUUCGAAGAACACGUACAAAAUGUCAACAUGUUUAUGAUUGCCAGGAUGGUUCUGCUGGUGGGGCUGGCGCUGCUGAUCCUCGGUGCGCUGCCGAACUCCAAGAAGGUAAUGGCGGAGUGCGGGGUGGUGCGCCACCGCUUCCUCUCCAUCGGCGGCAUCCUCUGCUUCGUGCACGCCGUCUUCUGCCUCGUCUACUACGUGUCCGCAAACGCCGCCGCGCGGGAGGAAGGCCGUGGGUCUGGGUCCAAGCCCGCCGGCGGGCACACCUGA